AGCGCUUCGAAGCACGCAUGUUUGGCUGUGGCCAUGGGGUAUGCCGCGAUGCCAGGAGUCUCUGCACUACUGACUGCAACCUCAUGAGUAUAUAAGCCCGGAGUCAUGAUGUCCUACAUACCGCUUCUCUUGACCUGAACCUUGUCCGUCUGAGUACACAACUGAGCGAUUCCAGUGAUCCGCACACUACUACUGCGUCCUGAUCGCCUGCUGUUGGCAUCCAAUUGAAGAUGUCUGGCACGAUGUCGGCGGAUGAGUACACGUCUAUCAUCUAUUCCCAGUAUAGAGACACCUUAUGCAAUCUUGCCAGCACAUCUAUGCUACUGUACGACUACAUCCUGACGAUUGAUCAAGAAGCGGAUCUUAUUUGGAAGAAGCCAAACGGUGCCUCCAUUAUCUUCGGUUUGAACCGCAUCGUAACUCUAGGGCUCAUAUGCGAGUCUGCUACGGGGCAGCUUCACCACUAUACGUACGAGAGCUGCAAAGGCUUGACGAUAUUCUCUGAGGUAGUCAUUCUGCUCUCAUACGCUAUUUGGGCGGUUGUCUCCGCUCUCAGAGUAUACGCUCUCACGAAGAGAAACUGGUGGCUGUCGACGGUGACUUUCGUGUUAGGGAUAGCCCCGUUGGCAGUUGACCUGUACGUCGGCACCACAAUAUCCUACCGCAUCAUCCCUCUGGGGAAUGAAACCUUAUGUCAAGAGGACACCAAUGUCAACCGAGGAUUUUAUCGGAAAUCACUCAUCAUCUGCCGCGGAUGCAGUAUAGUCUCAGACCUCUUAGUCCUGGGCGUGACUAUGUAUCACAUACUACCCCGUUCGCUCGUGUUUUCGCGAAUGAUGUGGUCCAGAAAGUCAUUCACACGGAUAUUACUCAGAGACGGGAUUUUAUACUUUGCGACGCUGACUACCCUCAAUGCGCUCGAAAUCGCUCUGUACCUGACCGCGACCGACGACUUCAUCAACUACUUCAUCGCGCCCGUAUCGACCGUCUUUGUCUCUCGCUUCAUGUUGAACCUCCGCGCAUGCGCUAGCACGCCUGUCAUGGUUCUAGACUCGCAGGCUCACACCCUGAGCUCGACCGAGCAUUCAACGUCGCAAACAUUGACUCUCACAUUUACUCCGGUCGCAUCGUACCCCGACACAGUGAUACCUUUCGAAGGGGACACGGCUGAACAAGCCAGACGCAGGUCGAGCGCGGGUGACAGCGUGCUUUGGGACGACGAUUCGCUAACAGAGAGCUUCGAAAUGGAGCCUCGGUAAGGUAAAGAUCGAAACCUUUGUGUCCGUGUAUGUAUGUGCGACUAUCUGGCAUACUUAGUCCGAGCGGACUGCUGUACCUACCCCAUUACCAAUGAACAGCGCCGACGGUCGAGGUGA